GUCUGGUCUCCGCCCUGAAGUUGUGGAAAUUGUGAUCCAGUCGGACUCACUUUUGGAAUGGUUGUGAGAAAGAGGAGUUCGAGCCAAAGCUAGAGCUACCGGGAUUGUGCUUUGCAUGCGGUAUCCUCGCACCCCAAAACCACUCAUAACGCGUUUUUUGGACGACCUACAAAAUCAAAUUCGAAAAUGAAGUUCAAGUAUCAAAUGAAACCUAAACCACUCAAAUACAUUAAACACGCUCUUCUGCAAUUGGCACACGCGCUUGGCAAGGCCCUGUUAUACUUGGGCACUCCCCCCCUGUGCCCGGUCCAUCAGAACGGCGUUUUAACCCAACUCCACUGCCAAUACCUGGGCUGCUGUCCGUUGUGCAAUCUGUGCGGGUUCUCAGACUUCGCAGUGACAUGUACGAGACCAUCUUGCUUGUACUCCGGCGGCCCUACCGAUUCGUCUGCCCCACGGAACUAUUUUUCGACAGCUUCUGGACCGAGAUAUAGUGAGAUGGCAUAGCAUGACAACUAAAUAAAUUGAUUAAUGGUGGCGGAGUAAAGGGAUCGCUCGUUUUCUUCUUGGCCUCGGUUGCCUGGGAGAUGCUCGGCUCAAUUCGCACAUAAUUUUCGCAUAAAUUGUCAAAUAAUUGAAGGCCCCUCGUUGAGGGUUGAGGAGUCAAGGUAACCUAGCCCUAAACCCUCGCGACACUCGACAGCAAAGCGAGCAUCAAAUGAAAUUUAUGGCUCCGGCUUAGGUUCAAGUGGAGGAAAGUGGAAAGUGAAGAGUGGGAGGCAAUGCGAACACGAGUACUUAUCAUAAUGGAAGGG